GGCUGGAUUGACACACAAUGAGGAGCAGAGGCUGGGGAGACGCUCCACAAACGCCGCUGUAAAUAAAUACAACAAUCACUGAGGCCAGAGCAAACAUGGAGAACCAGUGCACAGUGCAGGUGAAACUGGAGUUGGGCCACAGAGCCCAGCUAAGGAAGAAAGUGACAUCGGAAGGCUUCACCCACGACUGGAUGGUGUUUGUCCGAGGGCCAGAGACCGGCGACAUCCAGCACUUUGUAGAGAAGGUUGUCUUCCGCCUGCACGAGAGCUUCCCCAAACCCAAGAGAGUAUGCAAGGAGCCUCCGUACAAAGUGGAGGAGUCGGGCUACGCAGGCUUCCUCAUGCCUAUUGAAGUUUACUUCAAGAACAAGGAGGAGCCAAAAAAGGUGUGUUUCAACUACGACCUAUUCCUUAACUUGGAGGGCAACCCACCAGUCAACCACCUGCGCUGUGAGAAGCUCACCUUCAACAACCCCACCAAAGAAUUCAGGAGAAAGCUGAUCAAAGCUGGAGGGGUAUUAGUGGUUCCAGAGGGGGCUGAAGCUGUGUCGAGGCCCAGUCCAGACUACCCAAUGCUCCCCACCAUCCCCCUCUCUGCCUUCUCAGACCCCAAGAAGACCAAGACCUCUCAUGUGUCAAAGGAACCUAGCAAAGAAGGAAGUGGUGGCAGCAGUAAAGGACCCAAACCACACAAGCUGACCAAGGAGCACCGUGAACGGCCUCGAAAAGACUCUGAGAGCAAAGCCACGUCGAAAGGAGACAACGACAGAGACGGAAGCAGCAAGAGUGGCCGCGAUGCUUCCUCCUCCUCAUCCUCAUCUUCAAAAAAGCCGUCAGAGAUCAAAGUCAAAGAUGAAGUAAAGGUCCUACCCAAGGCUGCUUUCAAGGAGCCUAAACUCACCCUGAAGGAGUCAAAGAUGGAGGGUAUGUCCCCUAAAGGAGGGGGGGCUGGGAGCGGAGGGGGUGGUGGGGGAGGAGGCGGGGGACCGCCUGCAGAGUCCAAAGCCCCUGGGAAACGACCUUCCAACGUUGAGUCCCCCAAACCUAGCACUAAGAAGCAGAAGAAGGGCAGCUCGGAGGGGCCGAAGGCGCCGACCGCCGGUGCCUUCGCAGGAACUUCUCCCCGUGUCUCCUCCUCGUCCGCGGCCAGCCAGCCCUACGCAGAAAAGAAACCUCCCAAGGAAAAAGGUCGCUGGCCAAAAGGGAAAAAUGACACACAGGAGCCGAAGGAGCCCAAGAAACUUCCAGAGUCGGAAGAGUCGAAUUCGGAAGAUGAAGCGUCGUCAAAGUCAGAGCAGUCGGCUCCUUCAAGUGCUUCCAACUCCAGUUCGAGCUCUGACUCAAGUUCAGAUUCAGACUUUGAGCCUGGACAGAAACAAGGGCAAGGCCCCCUUCGAUCCAUGGUGGAGGAGAUCCAGUCAGAAGAGUCGGAUGAUGACGACAGCAGCUCAGAGGAGGAGACGCCCAUCAAGACAAACCCCCCCAAUCGCGACUCUCGACUCAGCCUGGACAGCGAGAGUGACAGCAGUGACGGCUCGCACAGCCCCAGUCGAGACCCUGCCCCGCCCCCGCAGAAACACAACUCCUCCAAUAACAAAGUUUCAGGCAGAAAGAGUCCAGAUUCCUCGUUUCGCUCAGAGAAGGUGUUGAAGAAGGGAUACGACAAGGUAGGAAGGGCCUACACAGAAGAAUUAGUGGACCUCCAUCGUAGACUGAUGGCUUUAAGAGAGCGUAACGUACUACAGCAGAUUGUCAACCUGAUCGAGGAGACGGGCCACUUCAACGUGACCAACACCACCUUUGACUUUGACCUCUUUUCACUGGACGAGUCCACCGUCCGCAAACUACAGAGCUACCUGGAGGCAACGGCCACGUGACAGGAAGUGGAAACUGGCGUGUGGAUGGCAGCGGCGGUGGAGGUAGACUUGCCACCACGUCUCCUCUUUUGAAGGAGGGGACGAGCAGCCCCCAUCUGUCGCAGCUGUCUCACAGGCCUGACUGAACCAUCGAACAACUACCACACAAACAGAAACACACGAACAAACACAAGCACACAUGAAGACACACCACGUUCAGGUGACGCUGGGGAGGAAACUGAAGGAGGAGGAAGAGGAGGAGAAGGAGGUGGGAGAGCAACGGAGUAGCUGAACUCCGUCUACAGUCAGGAUUUUCACUACACAUCUCUUUUUUUUUUUUUUUUUUUGAGUCUGUGCAGAGCUGUGGAAUGCACCCCACACCCCCUCCUUCACCCUCCUGCACUCAUAUUGCUCCCGCCUUUGCAAAGCCAAUACUUCCCCUCCUCCUCCUCCAACUCCUCCUCCUCCUUCACACGCACACUCCUUACUCGGCAGAACACUCCAGUUCCCUUCCCCCUGCUGUCAGCUGGAGCUCAUUUCUCUCCCGACAUACUCUUGAGUCGUGUGUGUGAGUGUGUGUGGACUGUGUGUGUGCGUGCGUGUGUGCGAGCGCUGUUGAGGUUUAAGAGGAGAUGUUGUCUUUGUGGUUACUGACUUCUCUUUGUUCGUGAAGCUCGAGCACAAACAACAGCCGGUUUCACUCCUUCCUUGCGCACACACACAGCAAACAAAUACAGAUUCAGGUAAUACUUCACUUCAAACCCUCACGUUUUAGCAUCGUUAAGCAGUAUAUAAACAAUGAAUGAAUGGUUUAUAACUCACUAUAAUGUAGUUGUAAGCAGAUAUGUGGGUUUUUUUUUUUAUGCAUUUGCCAACUAUAGCUCCUCCUGUGGGCAUGCAUAAGUGGAAGCUGGUGUAUAAACAUAACAAAAUAGUAAAACACUGUUGAAAUAAUAUAAAAUAUGUCUUUACAGGAGCAGUUAUUGUUGACAAACACUUAGAAAAAUGUCCAUAAAUCUGCGUGCAACUUAUAUUAUAAAUGCUAAAUAAGGUGGGGGGAGUAAAGUAAAGUUGUACCCAGAUUAAUGCACGUUUGUCUCCCAGGUCCUUACACUCAACACUGUACAUGAAGACACUGAGACGUGUGCUGUGUGUGUGUGUCUGUGUGUGUGUAAGAGUGAGUGUGUGAGAGAGACUGUUCUGGAUGAGGUUUCUCUGUUGUCUGAACAUUUGAAAACUUAUGUUCUGUUGAGUUUCCCCUCUACUUCCUCGCACUGAAAGCUGAGCCUUGACCUCCUACCAACAGCUCCUUUUCCCACUGAAGCCCCCUCACUCCAUCCCUCCUCUCCACCCUCCUCCUCUCCUCCUCUUCCUCCUCCCUUAUUCCCAUAUUGGCGUGCAUGAAAGGGCUCGACUGCUCGCGGCCAGAGCAGUGGAGGAUCACUCCUGAAUUGCCUUCUAAGUGGUGGGUAGGGUUAGGGUGGGGUGGGGGUUAAAAAAAAAAAAAAAAAAAAAAAGCCGUGAAAAAGUAGCCAUACUUGUCUCCCAGAAUCCAAAAAUAAGGACAAAAAAAAACAAAAAAUAGGGGCCACGCUUUUUUACAUUUUAUUUUUCUACAAGUGCAUUUUGUGUAUUUAUUCCCAGAUUGCGGUUAAGAAGAUAACCUGUGAGCUAUGAAUGUAUAUCGCUUUUACUUUUCUACGGCUAGCAACAGCCCCACUCUAGUGCCUUUUUCUGCGACUUGCAGUGUGAAAGGGGGAAGGGGGGCGUGGUGGUGGUGGUGGUGGUGUGCACUCUGUUAGCCAUGGUCACACAGAUUGAAACCCACCCCGAAACCCCCCCCACCCCCACCCCCAAAUACCCCCCCCUUUGGGGAAACAAGUGUUAAUAGGGAUGCCUGAAUAUCCAGUAUUGUCUUAACGGCUUCCAUCCCUGCUACUCCCUUUUUUUCCAGUAUCUUUGUAGGCUGUCAUUGACGUCAGUGACCUUUCUGUUCAUCGAGCCCUCUAGAAAAAGACCACUGCUUCGUUCCACCGAUGGUGGUCGUGUUUUUUAUGUUCUCGCUUUUCUGAGAUUAGGUUCAGUGUGUUUUUUUUUUUUUUUUUUUUUUUUUAAAGAGGAAGCGUCAGGUGACUGUGGUAGUUACUCACAUUAAUUAGCUCUAGUAGCUUCAGCUGUGAUGUGUAUUUUGUGAAGGCGGUUUGUUGAACAGCGUUGGCGUUCCCUCUUUCAAAGGUGGUUUGAAGUAUUUGAACUAACGGUGGAGCGUUUGAUACCAAGUUACCAGGCACUUGAAGAGCGUCAUCAAUAAGGGCAUGUAGACAGAAAAAUAAGCUAAACAAAACGCUCCUUGUGUUUUUCUUUCUCUGAACAUUUGAACUGUGUUUCUCAAUGGCUCCUGCAUCAUGAAGCAACAUUAACCUGGACUCACCUGUCUCACAAAGCUGGCUCACUUUAACCAGCUUACAUCGCUACGUCUUUGCUGCUGGGAUAAACCUGCUUCAGGUUGAGUUUAGAGAUCAAAACCCGUAAACAAAAAUGACCACAAAUGUUUACACAUCGGUAGAUUCACUUGGCCUUACAGUCUAUAACGUGUGUCAGAUAUUUGAGAAAUGUCUGUAGCACAACUAGUUACCCACUGCUUUUUAAAUAAUAAUAAUUCUUCUUAUUUUUAUUAGAGAUCACAGUAGAGAGGUGACUGAGGGGAGAGAAGGGGAUUGUUUGUAGACUCAACGUAACAACCAGUUGUAAAGUUAAAAUACGAUUUGGACAAUUCGCUGAAACCAAGAUGUCUGAUAUUUGCGUGCAGUUUGUUUGCUGGAAAACGAAGGCGAUUAUUUAAUAUCGGAAGUUAGAAAUAACCAGCACAACAUUUAGCCGGCGCAGAAUAGAUACGUCACAACAGAUAAACAUGGAUGAACCAUCCCCUUUUCUGGAGCAAUAUUAGCUGAUAAAUAAGUGCAUCACUAAUAAAAAGAAAUACCCUCUACAACCUCGGGGGUUGGGACUCCCACUAGGCGUCACCAAAUCUUUACGGGGGGUCAUGAGGAUGUCAGAAAACUUUAAAAACUAUAUACAGUAGGCCUCUGUCUCAGCAUUUCGUUCAUUUUUGUGAAGAAAACAAAAUUAAAUUGUUAUUUUUAGAGUUUAUAUUUUUAUUUAAGGUUUAAACUUUAAAAAUAAAUCUCUACCCGAACACGAGCUGAGAGCCUUCACUCUGCUAAACAGCCUCGUCCUGCAUUAGAAAAGUUAUAACAACCAAAGAGCUCAUGGAAAGCGUCUGGGUGAGAAAAACACCGAAUUUGUCAAAAGAGAAACCUAAAAUAACAUAAAACAGAGAGAAUUGUAUUCAAAAAGUCUUAAAAAUAUCAGGAAGACUCAUUUCUGAUGUUUUAUUUACAGGAAAUAAUCUGCUAAGAAUUCAUCCAUCAUUAUUUUUAAUAUCUGGACACAUCGGACACUUUAAAUCAUCAUUCAAUAGUCAGUGAAACCCUGGUUAGGUUAACUUUCUACUGGUUAGCCAGCGUAAAGCUUACAUAUUGUUGCUAUGGUUACACGCAGUUUAACACGCCGUGUGCACUGAUUUUAGAACAAUUGAUCCGCAGUUGAACUGCAACCGGAGCCGCAUCAGGUGUCCGAUUAAAGACUUCUUAUCUGUAGCCGUGGAUUAAUAAGCAAUAAUUAAAGUUUCCUUUCCUCCUUAUGGACACAUUUACUCUUAAUUUUAACUGCCAGGUUUUCUAUCUGUCAUAAUUUUACGUUUUAAUUGUUCAUCAGGAAACAUUGAAGCAUUAUGUCAAUAAUCAAUUACUUUUUCUCACUCAAACACUUUGAUGAGGAGAUUAAAUUUAAGGAAGCCUAUAUAAUAAUAAUGCCCACUAUUAGCAUUAGCCUAUUACUUUUAGUGUUUGAUUAUUGCAUUAUUUGACUGUUAUUGUUUACUUUUUAUGUUAAAUAUGUAAAUAUUGUUACAUGUACUGUAUAUUUCUUACUGAUCUUUUUUUUUUUUUUUUUUUUUAAAUAUCUUUUUAACCUCGUUGAACCGUUUGCUGCUGCACUGACAGAAUUUACCCCUCCGAGAGAUCAACAGUUUUAUCUGUAGAAUAAACAGUAAUUAAGUAACGCCUCUUAAUUGUAAACAAACUCCUUCCCAGUUUGGUAAAUUGGGAGUUAACCGAGCCGGGGAACCAGCUUUGUGAGACCAAUUUCUGUGAUCACCAGUUUUUAGGUUGUUUUUUUUGUUUUUUUUGUGAGGCCAGAAAACUCAGAGAAAGCCAGACUGAGGUGAACUUGCUUCUUGAUUCAGGCCCCUGGUGUGUUAGUUCCUGUGGCCCCUCCAGGCUUCACACACACACCCCCCACACACACACACACACACACACCCACCACACACACACACCGACACACACACACACACACACACACACACACACACACACACACACACACACACACACACACACACACAAACCUUCAAUGAGCAAUUCCCUCCCUCCCCUCCUGUUUUCUUCCUGCCGACAGUGUUUUUAUUCUGACGCUUCAAUAGCUUUAAUACUUCUCUCUCUCUCUCUCUCUCUCUCUCUCUCUCUCUCUCUCUCUCUCUCUCUCUCUCUCUCUCUCUCUCUCUCUCUCUCUCUGUGUUGCCUGCCUGGCUCAGCGACUCGUACACACACUCCCUUACGCCCUUACUGUAAACCGCCGUCUGAGCGCGGAAAAAUGUCUCUCAAACAAAACUUAAAAAAAAACUAAAAAAAAGAAAAACCAGGAUCCCUGCCGCCUUAUGUGCCCUGCAGUAACCCCCCCUCCUGCCCUCACUUCCCCCACCCCCCCUCCUCCUCCCGUCCCGCCCUCAUUUUCUCUAGGUGUGCCUCCGUCAACAGAACUUCAGGCCGUGAUUACUGAGAAUGAACUUUGAAACUGUGUGAGUGACGUUUGUGCGUCUGCGAGUGUGUUUGUCAGCGAUAGGAGAGAUUUUAAAAACAACAAAAAAAAACCAACAACAACCUUUCUGUCCUCUUCUCUGUGCAUCCAUGUGGGAACUAAGUCCUAGUUCAUGAACUCUGACCUUUUGACCAGGCACUCAUUCAGUCCCUUGUUGUGGUGGUUGAGAGAGGAGGUUACGUGGGGACCCGAGAAGCCCCACUGUCUACCCACAGUCAAUGUUUUAUUUAUGGACCUCUGCACUUUUGGCUGUGAUGACUUCAGUACUUAAGUAGUUACCUAAACUGUAUUUUUAAGGAUUUUAUACAAUAUUUACAUGCAAUACGAUAUGAAUUGAUUUUUUUUUUUUUUUUUUUUUGCCAACCAUUUUUGUUUUGUUUUGUUUGUUUCUUAUUUAAUUGUCUUUAUUUUGGCAUGAUUUUGUCGCUAUUAUUCACAAACAAACGUGCCCGUUGGAUCUAUUUUAGGUGGAAAAUGUUAUGGGGGUGGGGUGGGGAUUCCCUGUAUGUUUUUUGUGUGUCAUGCUUCUGAUGACAGCUGAACACCAAGAAGCAGGUGUUGGAAAAUAUUUGCUGGAUGAGCUAAACUUUGAUAUCACCCCUCUGCUUCCAAUAGGAAUAACUGGACCAGAACGAAGAGAGAGAGAGAGAGAGAGAGAGAGACCCCACUUGAGCUUAAAUGUUUAUUUUCUGUGUCAUGUCCAGUUAUGAUUUGAGUGUUUUCUUUUUUCUACUCAUUCAUGGAAGUCUUUUACCCAAAUACUGUUAUUGUGCUACGAUAACUUGAGCCUGAAGAAACAUCAUCAUAGGAAACAAUAGAGCUGCGAAGUGGGAUGGAGCUGUUUUUGGGCUCCAAUGGUACUGGAAGUAAAAGUGCAAUUCAUUAUUUCUGGAACAGAAUGAAACCCUGAUUAAACUGCGUUUUUACUAAUAUGGGGUUAGUUACGUCUCCCAAGAAGCAUUGCGGCAAGAAAGGAAAGUGCUGUUAAGAACACUGUUUUUUUUUUUUUUAUAAUCUGCAGUUUAAAUCACUUGGUUUGUUGGUGAAUGUUAUCUCUGUGCAGUCCCUCCAGGAAUUUGCAAUCGCAGCAAUUAAUGCAAAUUCAACCAAUUGCAGUGAAUUCUGAUUGAGUUUUUGUCCAAUCACCUUAAUGUUUCUGCAAAUUUUGACCAAUCAGAGCACUCCCUACGCAAAAUAUUUGAGCCAUAUGUCGCCAAACCACUAGUGAUUUUAUUCUCACAGGAACAAGUUGCCUUUGAUUUUUAAUGAAUUGUACAAAAACUCUUUUUGCAGUUGUCACUUUUUUCCGAUAUUUCAAUACAACAUCGCAACUUCUGUGAAAAGCUGCUGUGAAAUCAACAAUCCCCCCCCCUAAAAAAAAAAAAAAGCCUGUGACAACCUGGAGGGACUGACUGGCUCCUUCUCCAUGAGGCUCGUGGGUGUUUGUAGUAUUUAGAGCCGUCUGCAAAUGACGAAUAAUGAUUUCUAAGAAACAAACAAAGUUGAAAAAUAAUGGUCAUAAUGUGACGAUCUUUACGUUCUCCGGUCCGAGUCCUGAAACACAGAAUGGAGAAAAAUCACUUCCAGGACCAGCGGCCCCUCCCCACUUCGCAGCCGUGAGGAGGUCUGUGGGAGUGGAGCGUUUCAGCUGAGACUAUUAUAUAUAAUAAGUGUAUAAUACAGCAAAGGUAGAAUAUCUACUGUGUGGAUCUUUAGAAGAUGAGGAAAAAGUGAAAAAUAUAGAGCAAAUGGUUCCUUUGCAAAUAUGUGGAGGGGGGAGUGGGUGGGGGGCGGGGGGCAUGUGCAGACGGGAUGGUUCCUGUGUCAGUGGUCGUCAUAAUGUGUCUGUGACAAGGGGACAGGGUUGCCUGUAUUUAUAAAGGUUUGAUUUUUUUAACUGGGGGGUGAAAGGGGUGAGGGUGGCGUCCCAAAACGUGUUCCAUGUAUGUGGUCCAAGCUACAAACGACGGGGAGAACAAAUGAACUGGAUAACAGAACAAUUUGGUAUUUUUGAAAAUAAAAACUUGGCAUUACAAAGCCACCAUGUGGCCAUAUGAUGCAAGUUGUUAACAAGGACAAAAACAUGUUAUUUUAAUGUUAUUUUUUAUUUUGAAAUCAUAUUAUUAAUAAAGUCAUUAAGUACUGUUG